GAAUUUUUAGAAAAUCGGACUAGUUGCCAUGCGGUAUUUGUUCGGGCCCAGAUUUGUGUUCUUGUUAUUUUAAGCAAAUCGAGUGUCCAUGUUUAUGUUGAUUCAUUGGCUCAUCGUCAUUUUGUUAAUGUUGAAGGGACCAUAGUGGAUCUUUUCAGAGUAUUUUGUCCUUGAGGCGUAGUUAUAAUCAAGAAAACACAAGAAGUGGUGACGAAAGCAACAUCUGGUGUGACGUAACACAUAUAUACACGUAACCUGAACGAUGGAUGAACAGCAUUUGUUGGAAGGAAAUAUAGACGGGGCUGAAAAAAAUAAUUCGUCGCUUACUAGAAAAGGCAAACAGUCCAAAAUGUCUGUGACAUUGUCAAGUGUUGCUGCACGGGAGUGGUUUCAAAAGAAACGAGAAACCAUUAAACCAUGGGGCGAGUUCCUGAACACUUCUAAAUUUCGAAUUCCUAAGAAUCUUGCUGAGGUGCCCAAACACACAAUGAAAAACAUUGAAGAUUUCCAAAGCAAUUACUUGUUCGUGUUUAUUGGUUUAAUCAUCGUUUGUAUCCUGACAUCACCAUUGCUGUUAAUAGCACUAGCUGCCUGUCUUGGUGCCUGUUACAUCAUCAGUUUGAAAAACCAAGAGAAAAAACGUACAAUCAUGGGUCAUGAACUGAGUUUAGGCCAACAGUAUGCUGGUGUUGGAGUUUUAUCUUUCCCACUUUUUUGGGUAGCUGGAGCUGGUUCGGCUGUUUUCUGGGUUAUUGGAGCUUCGUUCUUUGUGAUUGGUUUGCAUGCAAUAAUGUAUAACCGAGCUGACGAACAAGAGAAUUUUGACUUAGAAAUGGAAAGUGUAUGAGGAGGAAACAAUUUCUUGCAUGUAACUCACCACCAACAGUUUUCAGAUUACAAUGGAUUCUCUUUUUUUCUGUUUCUCAUUAAAAUAUUUAACUGUGCAAAUAAUGGCUAGUACUUAGGUUUACCGAUCAAGUGGCUGAUAAUGUUUAGGUUAAUGGGAUUCUGUGAAAAAUUAUAACAAAGCAUUUCUUUGUAAGCAUUCAAUAUAUUUGUUUUGGAAUGAGAAUUAAACAUUAUUUUUAUAUA